AUGUGGAGAGUGCUGAAGAAGAUGACAGAGUGUACGAAAAGCGCGGUCAUGCUAGACGGAGAACUGUCUAAAUUCUUCGACAUUGAGCAGGGGGUCCCACAAGGUUGCACGCUGUCCCCAACAUUGUUCCAGGUGUUCAUCAACGAUCUGUUGGAAGUCGUAGAGGCAGUCCGGAAGGGAGUAAAAGUAGGGGACACGGCAACUUCGGUGUUAGGAAUGCCGUUUGGGAUGAUUUUGUCGGUAUGUCGGACACCCCUGAGGGACUGCAACUGCAAAUUGACGCGGCGAAGAAGUUU